CUCCAUAUCUCCAUACCUCCAUCCCUACUUCCCGUUAUACCUAACUAAAUAAACCUACUAAAUAACCUAAAUCCCCGAAGGAAAGAAGCAUUCGUUAUCUCGUUGCGUUUGGAGAGGCUAAUAUCCCAUUAUCCAAUUUAAGUUUCCACUAUACUCGAACAAAGCAAGCCAACUCACCUCACACUUUGCACUUACUUUUACACUGUUUCAUUACCAUCACUUUCUUCAUAAUCAAUUUCUUCGUUUCCUUCGACCCUUUUCUUUUGAUUUUCCCCUCCUAAAUGCGCUUGUUCUGCGGCGUGGCGUUUUCAAACUCCACCAGGGUUCCCGUUUCUUCCCGCCUGACCAAGGAGCCCUCUCUGUCUUUGUCAUGAGGCCCCUCAAAGAUAUCUGGAGCGAACUCUCCACACCACUCCCCGCAGGAUUAGGCGCCGAACACACCGGGCCCGCCCUCACAAAAAACGAGCUAUAUGAGUUGAGUUAUAUCCUCGAAAGAUCCGAGUUUACCCAUCUCGCAGAAGGCCGUGCCAAUGCCGUCUUCAGGAUAAAGGAGCCGAAGGAAUUGCAAAUCCCGAGAGGUUUCUUCCAGGGAACCCUACUGCGCGUGCCCAAAACUACCCCGGACGUCACGCCAUACGACUAUGAGACCCUUCAGGACUUUCAAGAGAAGUUCGUCGACGUCAAAGUUGGUCGGCAGCAUAUCGUCCCCCAAGUUCUUAUCAGGAUAGAGCGUUGUAUAGCUGAUUCUCUUAACUGCAAGCGUCAAAACGCUCUCCGGGCCAAGGGAAUAAAGGGCGACCAAAGUACCAUCCUCGCCGGUCAUGCUAUGUUGGUCGAAGAUAUGGGCCCCUCACCGGGUUAUCUAACCUUGGAGUUCAAGCCAAAAUGGUUGGCUCAGUCCCCCAUGGCCCCCAAGGAUGCGACACGCUGUCGUACUUGUGCAAGGGAGGCACUCCGGAAUGAUAAGCUGAGAAAGAAGGGAUUCAGGGUCCCCACGCCGGUGUGUCCUCUCGGCCUACUUCAUGAGAAUCCUGCCGUCGUCAUGAGUACCAUCGAUCGACUUGUACCCGGAUGGUCUGGGCGGGAUCGGGUACGACUGAUGAAGGCCUUCAACAAGAGCGGCGUCCUUGAGAGGCUUAGAGAUCUGCAAGAGGAGGGCGAUUCGGGAGAUGCAUUGUUCACCAAUCCAUCGGAUCCAAGAUUUGGCUUGUCUAUGACGCUGCGCGAUUGUUCUUGUUUCGUCCGUAUGCCCAUCGACCGGAAUGCCCCCGUCAUCAUUAAGCUUGCCGAUGUCGAUAAGAAGAAUUGGCGCCAGAAGCAGUCAUACUGGCAGAAGAGUCACAAUGAGCUUGUCAACGAAGGGUGGUACAAGGCUGAUGAGAAGAUGGGCUACCCCGUCGAUACAGCCUGCGUUCUGAGACUUGAUUACUGUCUCAGAAGGGGUUUCGAUAUCCCACCAGCCUUUCGCGCGAGGCUGGAGUACUAACCGUCGCUGGAGCUGUUGUGAAGGAUUUAAUACACGAGAGGUGGCUCCUUCGUGCUUUACGAUUUUUCGUUUUUUUUUUUUUUUCUCUUCCCUAUGUCACGUCUUACAGUUAUGAGAAGAUGAUCUUCAUGCUACGAGUAAUCAUGCCGGGGGUCAAAGGGUGGUGGGGGAAUGCAUCUGGUUGGGUGGGUGGCACGUUUCGUCUUUUAUAACUUAGAAA